UGUGUUGCAUUCAGUUGUAGUUAGAAUUUACGACGACGAUGUUUACCUCCUGGCUAAGCGCCAACAAUGACUGUUUUGAUGGAAACCCACGUGACUGGCUCCUCUAAUAGGACGUCCCCCCUCCUGUCUCCUGAGUUCUUUACAAACAAGUGGUAGAUAAGGGCUGAGCACGACCCUCCCGUGGGCAGUGGCCACGAACGCUUUUCAACGUGACACUGUUUGUAUCCACGGGGCUGUCACGAACACCUUUCAUUCCUCUGGAUGAGCUGUGCGCAGUUUCAGGACGAAACGCUCGAGUCGUGAAACUUUUGAAAACACUUCGUGAGAUACAGACGCCGAUGGAAAAUGGCGACAGUCUCUCCAUCGACAUCAAUGGCAGGACCAGCGUCUGACUCAGAACUUUCGCGCCUUGGGGGCAUCGAGGCCUUGAAAUUGAAGGUGGGACCGGUGCGGAGGAACCUCUUUGGGCCCGUCGACCACCAGCAGCUGCAGCAGGACUUUGAGCGGCUGCUCUGCAUGAGCGUGGAGGUGGCCAACAAGCGCUGGAACUUCGAUUUCCAGAGUGAAAAGCCAGGAAAGGGCUCCAACAUUGAGUGGGAGGAGCUGCGCUGCCAGGAUGUCCCAGCGUUUUACCGCAGCUGCACGGUUAGGCCAGUGCCGCUGCCACAAAGCAAAAGGCGGACAUCGUCUUCGUCAAGCGAGGGUUCCCCGAGGUCCAGCAGCUCGUCCGGGUCUGGCGAUGAGUACCUGGAGGUGACCACAAGGGGGUGCUAUCGGCUCAAAUGGCAAGGAAAACGCAGACAGUCUACCAUCACAGAUUUCUUCAAGGUGAAGAAGACAAAGCUUCUGCAUUACAAAGCUUCUUCUCGGCAGUAGAAAAUCACAACUAGGCCCAACAGAGGAUCACUUUAUGGUCCACACGCCUCUACACUUCACCUCACAGACAUGUGUCAUAUCAUAUGUAUAUAUGUAGCAGUUUGUAACUGACUGUCCAUAAGCUCAUUCAGCGCGGGCUUAAAAACUCCUCUGACACUGCAUACCUUUAAUUUUCAGCACAAGGAAGCUACCUUUUCCCACCUUAUUAAGCCCAGACCAUAAAAACGGUUUUUGUUGGAAAUUAUAACGGUAUAUAUAUAUAUUCAAUUCUGUAUAGUGUUUUCUUCAGCUUUUGUCAAUACUGUGAAAUGAUUUUGAAUGCACUCUUAGUAACAGAAAGCGGGCUCCUCUAGUUUUAAGAGGCCUUGGAUAGUAUUUGACCUCAGUCCUCGACCUUUUUUCACCCUCUUGCUAAAAGUAAUAAGAGGUUUUGAUUAGAUUUGUUACUAUUCCUGGCCUCACGUCACACUCUGCCUUUAGUCUCACCGCACGGCUCCCAAAGCACGAGUCAAGCCAGAGGUCAAAACCUCAGCCAGGGCUCAAAAUUUGGCAGCGCGACUCUGAUUAGCUCCAGGUUAGAGGUCAACGGUGGAGGUUUAGCGAUGCGGUAAUGUGGCCAUACCUGUGCAACAGUGACUUAAAUUCUGAGUAGCUAUAUUAAUGUUUCAUAAGUGACUAUUUAUUUAUUAUUCAGAAAGCUAAAUCGUUGUCAAAAUAAAAUAGA